AUUACAAUAUUACCCUAGACUAAUUAACCUAUAUCAAAUAUAGAGAUUAAGACUAACAGUUUCAAAUGCAAAAUCAACAAUGCAUAUAACAUACGUAACCAUUUUACUUAAAGAAUACAAUGAGCAGGCAUAGUGAUAGUACAUAAACUUUAUAACAAACCCAUAUAAAUAAGGAGUAUAUCUUAGAGCAACUUAACUCACAACAUGAAAUUCCCUUUUUUCCCAACUCAUGCCAAGCCAUCAUUUGCUAACUCACCCAAAAUACCAUUUUUAACUCAAUGAACUUUUAAAAUCACUUUAGAAAUCACAUGCCUGAAACAAAUAAGAUAAACUCCCCAAAUGCGAAAGGAAGCGGUCGAUUUGAGGAUCUUAUAACAAUAUUUGGUAUAAUUGAUGUUUUAGAUGAGUUGGCCGGUGGAGUACUUGAAUAAGGAAGUUUAUUUUAAUUACAUUUACUGCUUAGUUAGUGUUUGCCCUACUGAAAUGUAUCCUCUUUCUCUAUUACCCAAGUAUCACUAGAGCAGCUACUAUUCUUUUAGUUAGUCUGUGCACAGUAUUACCAUGUUGUAUGCAGAUCCACCAUGGCCACACAUUAAUAUUAUCAAUGUUUUUUAUCAGCUUUUAUAGAUUCAUAAUUCUUUGGUGAUUAUUUUUUUUUAUUUUUUUUUCUGAUAAACCGUAGGAAUAAUGCCAGAGGGAAUUACGGCUGAGAAUCUUUUCAACUUCAUGGAAACACUUUCUGACAGUGUUUCAAAGCAGAAAUCUGUGUCGUUUUUUGAGGAGGAAAAGUCAAACUCAGUCACUUCUCAGUUCAAUAAGCUGUUUGGGCGCCAGAAACCUGUCCACCAUAUUUUGGGGGGUGGCAAAUCUGCUGAUGUGCUGUUAUGGAGGAACAAGAAGAUAUCAGCUAGUGUUUUGACUGGUGCUACAGCCAUCUGGGUGCUCUUUGAAUGGCUUAAUUACAAUUUCCUCUCUCUUUUAUCCAUUGCUCUGGCUAUUGGUAUGGUUGCCCAGUUUGUUUGGUCAAAUGCUUCGGCACUAUUAAACAGGUCUCCAUCUAUUCCUCGACUUGUUCUGCCUGAAGAAUUAUUUGUCAACAUUGCCGUCACUGUUGGUGCUCAGGUGAAUGUGUUUUUGGGUUUUGUUCAGGAUGUUGCCUGUGGACGAAAUAUGAAGCAAUUUCUAGUGGUUGUGGCAAGCUUGUGGGCUGCUGCUAUCAUUGGAAGCUGGUGCAAUUUUUUAACUGUUCUGUAUAUUGGUUUUGUUGCUGCCCACACUUUGCCUGUUCUAUAUGAGAGGUAUGAGGAUCAAGUUGACGGUUUCGUAUACAAUGUCAUUGAACAGCUCCAGCACCACUAUCGGAAGCUGGAUGCUGGUGUCCUCAGCAAAAUUCCGAAGGGUCAGUUCAAGGUAAAGAAACAUGAAUAGAUUUUUUUGAUAUAUGCAUUGUCUAGAGUAAUAUUCACAACACAACUGGUGGUGUAUUGGACCAUGAACUUAUUGUAAUCAUAAGUUUUAUGCAAACAGAAGCAUAUUGUUGUG